UGAUUUCCCAGCAUUCUCUUUCUCACUUCCUCCUCUUUCUUAGGACUGUCUUUUGAGGAGGCAGGCCGAUCGCAAUCAUGGCAGCCCUGAGACCCCUAACAAAGCCGAAGAUCGUCAAGAAGAGGACGAAGAAGUUCAUCAGACACCAGUCAGAUCGCUAUGUCAAGAUCAAGCAAAACUGGAGGAAACCCAGGGGUAUUGACAACAGGGUGCGCAGGCGAUUUAAGGGUCAGAUGUUGAUGCCCAAUAUUGGUUAUGGAAGUUGCAAGAAGACCAAGCACAUGUUGCCCACUGGCUUCAGGAAGUUCCUUGUCCACAACGUCAAGGAGCUGGAAGUCCUCAUGAUGAGCAACAAGAGCCACUGCGCAGAAAUUGCCCACAAUGUGUCCUCAAAGAACAGGAAGCUGAUUGUGGAGAGGGCAGCACAGUUGGCCAUCAAGGUCACAAAUCCCAAUGCCAGACUUCGCAGCGAGGAGAACGAAUAAUCUGGACCUUUUGUGCAUUGUCUUUUCAAUAAACUUAAUUCGGGUAAACCAC